GGUCAGAUGAUGCCGAAAGUUCGAAGAUUGCCUUAGUCUGUUUGUCUUUAAAAAAACGAUAUGGCUUCCAUCCUCGAUCAGUAUGAGGAAGAAUCUGCGAGAGCAGCAUCAGUCCGCACCACAAUGCCACCUGUUCAGGAGCCGAUUGGACCUGGAUUCAUUGAUGCCAGACUAGAUACAGAUGUUCCAAUUUUUAGUAAAAAGAAGGUCAACUUCAAACCGCCUGACCCUAUAACACAUAUGGCAGUAUGUAACAACUUCCUGGUGAUAUCAAUGACCAGUAAUAUCUUACUGCGCCUCGACCUCGAACAUCCUGAAACACCAGAUGAGGUGGAACUUCCAAGAGCUGUUGAAGACAAGGUUUACAAAAUUUUUCUUGACCCAACUGGCAGACAUCUUAUUGUCAGCAUGGAAUCUACUGAGAAUUACUAUCUCUCCCGUAACUCGAAGAAGCCACGUCCCAUAGGCAAACUAAAGGGUCAUCAUGUGCAUGCAGUUGGUUGGAACCUACAGAAUGCCAAUGACAACACAACAGGUGCCAUCCUCCUGGGCACUAGUAAGGGUCUGAUAUUUGAAACAGAAUUAACAGAUAAUGAAAACAGUCGUUUUUUCCAGGGAAGUUUGGACCAAUACCUGAAACAGUUGUUUAACCUGGGUAAAUCCAAGGCUGUUGCAAUCACAGGACUGGAGUUUGACAGAAUGCCAUCUGAUGCUAUGACUGAAUAUAAAUAUUUUAUCAUGAUCACCACUCCAGGUCGUCUGUACCAGUUUAUUGGAAAUGUGUCCAAGUCGUCGGAGCCCCCAAUGUUCCAGCCUCUGUUCCAGCAGUAUGAAAACAAACCAGAACAGUUCCUAGAGCUGCCAGGAGACUUUGGAAAUAGUGAAUUAAAGCUGUACCUACCAAGAUUCCGAGCUGCUCCAAAGAAUUUUGCUUGGAUGACUGGACCAGGAGUGUAUUACGGGGAUGUAGAAGUGACUGGGGCUGCUGGCCCCUCCACCGUCACUACCAACACAAAGCUGAUGCCUUACCCCCGUGACCCAGAUGAGAGGGGCACUAACCCCCAGGCUAUGGCUCUGACAGAAUUUCAUGUCCUGUUGCUCUUCCCUGACCGGAUCAAGGUUGUCUGCGUCCUGAAUGAACAGCCAAUCUUUGAUGACAUUUACCCUGAUAGAUUGGGACGUUUACUAGGACUUUGCAAAGACCCGCUUAAAGGCAGUUUAUGGACUUUUACAUCUCAGAGUGUUUUCAAGUACAAAAUUGUACGAGAAUCACGGGAUGUAUGGCAGAUGUACCUUGAUAUGGGCAAGUUUGAUCUUGCCAAGGAUUACUGUCGGGACAACAUGGCCCAGAUGGACCGUGUACUUACCAAACAGGCAGAGUAUUUGUUCACUAAUGAGAGGUAUGAAGAAAGUGCUAUGAUGUAUGCCCAGACACAAAACUCAUUUGAGGAAAUUGCUCUUCGAUUCAUCAAGCUUGACAAGAAAGAUGCACUCAAGUCAUUUAUUCUGAAAAAAUUGGAGUCCCUUAAACCACAGGACAAGACUCAGCUAACCAUGUUGGUGACAUGGCUGGUAGAGAUUUACCUGAACCAACUUGGCGAACUGAAAGAGGCUGGUCGGGACCAAACAGCUGAAUAUGAUGGCUUACAAGAACAGUUUCGAAAGUUCCUCAAUGAAGUCAGAGUCAAGGAGUGUGUUAGUAAUAACCGAGGUGUGGUGUAUGAUCUCAUUGCUAGUCAUGGUGAUGUGGAGGAUAUGGUCUUCUUUGCCUUCCUAAUGCAAGACUUUGAGAAAGUUAUCACACACUACUUACAACAUGAUGAAUACAGGAAUGCUCUGAAAGUUCUUACAAAGCAUUGUUCAGCAGAUGUUGACCUAUUCUACAAGUUCUCUCCGCUGUUGAUGCAGAACAUUCCACAAGAGACAGUCACUGAUUGGAUCAAGCUGAAAAAUAACCUGGAACCUCUGCGCCUUAUUCCAGCUCUUGUACAAUAUGACCAUAACAGAUACAGACAACAGGGGAAUGAGGCAAUACGCUAUUUGGAGUUCUGUAUUCAAGAUAUGGAGAACACAGAGCAAGCUAUCCACAACUAUCUACUGUCACUGUAUGCAAAACUACAACCUGACAAAUUGAUGACUUACCUACAGAUGCAGGGUACGGACCCUGAAAGUAUCUGCUAUGACCUGAAGUAUGCCCUGCGUUUGUGUGCUGAACAUAAACACAAGAAGGCCUGUGUCCACAUCUAUUCCCUUAUGGGACUGUAUGAGGAGGCUGUUGACCUUGCCUUGGCGGUUGAUGUUGACUUAGCAAAGCACCAGGCAGACAAACCAGAUGAAGAUGAUCUAGACCUCCGUAAGAAACUCUGGCUCAGAAUAGCCAGACAUGUUGUUGAGGAAGAAAAAGAUGUCAAGAGAGCAAUGGAGUUUCUCCAUGACUGUGACCUUCUCAAAAUAGAAGACAUCUUGCCUUUCUUUCCUGAUUUUGUCACGAUUGAUCACUUUAAGGACGCCAUCAUCACGUCACUGAAGGAAUACAACCAGCACAUAGAGGCUCUCAAGGAAGAGAUGGAUGAAGCAACAGGAAGUGCUGAGGAAAUCAGAAAAGAAAUUCAAGGAUUUCGCAACAAAUUUGCCUUUGUGAAGUCAGUGGACAAAUGUGCUGCCUGUGGUUUCCCUCUUAUGACUCGUGGAUUUUAUCUGUUUCCAUGUCAACACAAAUUUCAUUCUGACUGCUUAAUAGGGGAGGUUGUACCCAAUUUAUCAAGCAAAAAACGAUCACGUGUGGAAGAUCUACAGAGGAAGUUGGCUGAACAUGAGGACAUAGGACCCCAUAGUAUGUCUAGUCGUCAAGGUCAAGGUCCAAACCUUAAAAUAAUGGAGAUCAAGUCGGAGUUGGAUGAUUUGGUGGCUUCUGAGUGUAUCUAUUGUGGAGACAUGAUGGUCAGGUCUGUGGAGAAAUUAUUUAUAGAGGAGGACGAAGAGGAACUCGCAAACAAUGGAUGGUUAUAACUUUGGCAAACAAUGGAUGGUUAUAACUUUGGCAAGCUACAGUUGGCUAAAACCUUGGCUAGCGAUGGAUUGUUAUAACUUCAGAUAGCAAGGGAUGACUAUAUCUUUGGCUAGCAAGAGAUGGCUUAACAUGUGAAUAGUAAUGGAUGGCUAAACCUUUGACCAGCAGUAGAUGGUUAAAACUUUGACUGACACAAGAUAGCUAUAUAUUUGGCUAAGAUAGCUAUAUAUUUGGCUAGCAUGGGAUGGUUAAAACUUUAAAAAGGGAUGGUCAUAAGCAUAUGUCAAACAGUAAUAACAUUAGCGCUGUAGUGCUAUUUUUGCGACGGUAGAGUGAAGAGUGUACCCAGAUAUAAAGGGUAGUGCUUGGAAGGAUUUUAUGUCUGGAUCAUAAAGCUGUCAUUUGUUUUGGUGAGAAAGGGAUAGAUUGAAUUAAAAGUGUGUGGAAGUGUGUUUUUUAGAAGUUUAGAAGUUUUUGUAGUCAAUUUCCAAGGAGAUUUCAGACAUUCACCUAUUCCAGCCUCAAAGGAUUCAUAUUUCAUUUUGUUAUUUUUGGUAGAGAAAGCAAUGUCCGUGUGUAUCUGAAUAUUCCUGCUUGAAAGAGAAAUCAUGAAAAUUGUCAAUUACAACAAAAUGUGAAGAUGUAAUAUAUUGCUGUUUAUGUGAUUUAAUGUGCAAU